GGUUUUUACUUUAAUUUCGAAAAUUGUAACCAUUUUCUGAAAAUAAUAGUAAUACAGAAUUCUUUCUAUAUAUAGAUGGAAGCUAGUGGUAGACGAAAUUCCAUAUCCUAGAAAAGCCCUUUUGGCAUUUCCUUGAGAUUUUGUUAGCCAAAAAUGGAGGAGAAAUCAAGCACACAGCCUCUUCUCUCAAGAAAUGAGAAUUUGAAGGCCACAUCCAAUUUUCUUGUUUCAUCAACAAAAUGGAUCUUGAAAGUUUUAAUGUGGGUGAUUUUCAUUGCAUGGGCUUCUCUCAUAUUUCUCUAUCCAUCCGAUGCUGUCCAUCGAGCUUAUCUCAAAUUGAUUCAAGCUAUGAACACCCCUAUGUUCGGAGUGUCAGGAGGUGUAUUCCUAAUUUACAGUGCUUGCUCAUUGCGUUUCUUGCUAGCGCGUACAUCUAUUUACGAGACGAAGAAGACGAGAAUGAUCACGGGAAGAAGAGUAGUGGAAAGCAGGCAAGGCUGAGGCUGUGGACGAUGCCGAUUCUGGUGGAUGGGCCGUUUGGAGUGGUGUCGGCGGCGGAGGUGAUCGGAAUCGCGGUGUUUACGACCUACAUAGUGUGGUCGUUUUAUGCAGAAAUGGUGAAGAAUUUUGAGGUGCUGGCCUUUAAACAUAUGCCUACUCAUGAAGAGAGGUAACCUAUCUUCGAAUUUUGAUGCGCAAUUUUCGUCUUGCAAUUGAUUGUGUCCCUACGGGAUGGAUCAAUUUCACUUUCAAAUCACACCUUCGCCCCGCCCCAAUAAGUAAGAGAUUAAAUAUAUCGCAUUUGUAUCAAAAAUAGAAAUGACUCAAUGGUAGGGGUGCUUAAACAGUU